AUGCAAAUUUUGGCUGUUCAGACUGUGUUUCUAAUUAUUGUCAGCUGCAAUGUUUUUGUCGGUAACAUAACAGCAACAAAGUUGAACGAUAAUCCAUUGCUACUGCUGAUAUCGUUUGGUGGAUUUCGUUACGACUUGUUGAAUGAAACCUUGGUGCCACACAUUUGGAAAUUUGCUUCUGAAGGCGUAAACUUUGUUGAAGGGAUUAAACCACAAUUUCCACCACUAACUGUACCAAAUCAUGCUACAAUUGCUACGGGUUUAACUGUCGAGCAGCAUGGUCUUGUUGCAAACAGAUUUUAUGAUCAGGCUCAACAAAUGAUGUACGAUGUGAUGAAUAUAACACAAACACCAAACGUAGUAAAAAAUUCUCUAAAUAGCAGAUUUUAUAAGGGUGAACCAAUUUGGUUAACAAAUCAGAAUGCAGGGGAAAAACGUGGUUCUGCAAUAUUCAGAUGGCCAGCUGGUAAUGGUCAUUAUUCGGGUAUAGCGGGUAAAUUAAAAUAUUUCAAACCUUAUACUCAGUCAGGAAGUUUAGCACAGUGGAAAACAGAUUUGGAUGAAAUUAUUCAACUAUUUACCGUUGACAACAGAACAGUGAAUUUUGCGGCCUGGUAUGUUGGACAGCUAGAAAAUGUAUUUCCCAAUUACGGUUUUCGGAAAGCUAAACUGUUAGAAACGUUACAAAAUUUGGAUGAACUAUUUGCAUAUACAGCUUCUAAACUUGAAGAUCUUCCAGAGCUUAAGGAACGUCUAAAUAUCAUUUUGACUGCGGACCAUGGAUAUGCUGAAGUUGUUAGUCGUAAAAAUGUGCUGUGUUUGGCUGAUUAUGUUGAUAUGACAAAAAUUCAGUAUGGCGAUCAUAUGUUAUACGUGAAGGAUUCAGUGGCUAGAGCUAAAAUUUAUGAGACCCUGAAAACAGCGAUUCUUGCUGACAAACUGAAAAUUGAAAUUUAUAAGAAAAAUGAUAUACCAGCUCGUUAUCAUUACUCGACGAGUAGCUAUAUUGGCGAUAUUAUACUGAUACCAAAUGUUGGUUAUAUGAUACAGGAGCGAUGUAGUAAGGAUGAAGCGUCUGAUAAAUUUCCGCUUGCAACUGCUGGCUUAGAUUCAAAUCAUUGGACAAUGCGAUCUAUGUUGAUCAUGAAAGGACCAGCAUUUAAAAAACAGCGAAAGAUAACAAGCAUAGUUGACAAUGUUGCACUGUAUUCGUUGAUGUCUUAUGUGCUUGGCGUUUUUGAAGCAGCAAACAACGGUUCGUUGAACUGUUUUAUUCCAGCACUUGCAUUACCCAGUACUGAAUAUGCAUGGCUUCAAGCUGAUGAAACUAAGUUUAUAACAAUUGCAUUAACGGCAAUUGUACCAGUAGCUUUAUUGGUUUCACUGUUCCUGUUAUGGAUUACCGAAUGGAUAUGCCAAGAAUCAGCGGAAACAAAGCAUGAUUAUCAGUGUGUUAGCCAGGAUCCAAUAAAUACAGCAACACAUCGUCAUCAGUGUAAUUCAGGAUUUAUCAACAACAGUAGCAGCGAAGAUGAACUGUAA